CCACACCCACUCACCAUGCCGGCGUUCAGAGCACUCCGCUGCAUUGUGCAGUCAGGUUAUGCGACUGACUGUCAUAGAGUUUUCUCUUCACCAAUCAAUCAUAUCUACUUACACAGGCAGUUAAGCAUUCAACAAAGAAGAUAUUUCUUUUUUCGGAGACAAAGAAACACUGCUUAUAGUAUAGUUUGGCCAGGUACAGUUUCUCCAGCUCAUCCAGUUCCCGAGCACAUAACGAAGCCAGACUAUGUGACGACAGGCAUUGUACCCGACUGGGGAGACACCAUUGAAAUCAAGAACGAAGAUCAGAUUGAAGGUCUACGUCAUGCUUGUCAGCUAGCUCGUCACAUUUUGCUUAUGGCUGAAAAGAGUUUAAAGGUUGGCAUGACAACGGAAGACAUAGAUUCAUUUGUUCAUCACAACAUUGUCAGCCACAAUGCAUACCCAUCUCCUUUAGGAUAUGGAGGAUUCCCCAAAUCAGUAUGCACUUCAGUAAACAAUGUGGUUUGCCACGGAAUUCCAGACAGCCGACCCCUUGAGGAUGGAGACAUUAUCAACAUCGAUGUUACAGUGUAUAGUGGAGGAUAUCAUGGAGAUACAUCAGAAACCUUUCUUGUGGGGAAUGUGGAUAAAGAUGGUGAAAAGUUAGUAGAGAUUGCCAGGCGAUGCAGAGAUGAAGCGAUUGCAGGCUGCCGACCAGGGGCUCCCUUCUCUGCAAUUGGAAACACAAUCAGCCGAAUUGCCGCAGAGAAUGGUUAUCGAGUUUGUCCUCAUUUUGUUGGCCACGGAAUUGGCUCUUAUUUUCACGGUCAUCCUGAAAUUUGGCAUCAUGCCAAUGACAGUGAUUUGCUCAUGGAAGAAGGGAUGGCCUUUACUGUGGAACCAAUUAUAAUGGAGGGAUCUGCAAAUUUUAAAAUCCUCAAGGACAAAUGGACAGCCAUAUCUUUAGACAAUAAAAGAUCAGCACAGUUUGAACAUACCAUAUUAAUUACACCAGAAGGGGUGGAAAUUUUGACCAAACGACCAGAAGAAGAUUAACAGAGUGACUCUGUUGCUUUAGCAAUGAAAGGGUUAAUGCAAGGUGUACAGGACUCCCAAAUUCUCGAGCAUGGAGACCUCUGGUUAUUCUGCAAAGUGGCCAUUGUCUGGCCUUCAUCAGUCUGACUUUCCACUGGAUUUACUGACCCUGGUCCCCACUAGACACAUGGAUUGUGAGAUGGCUUAGUGUCUGUUCUCAUAGCAUAGUGUGGAUGUACAUACAUGUAUCAACUGAAAAUAUUAA